CGCCGCCGCUUUCCCGCUGGCCGCCGACUCUAAACGCGGAGGGGAGCGUCUGGCGACUGGAAGUUUCUCUGACGCUUCAUGUUCAAGAUGAAGUUCGUAUUAGCAGUUUUCUUUUUCAUCUCAUUCUCCUUAUGGGUUGAAGAAGUCUAUUCCAAAGAGAAGUCUUCAAAGAAAGGAAAAGGGAAAAAGAAGCAGUACCUAUGUCCAUCCCAGCAAUCAGCUGAAGAUCUUGCAAGAGUACCAGCUAAUUCUACCAGCAAUAUCUUGAAUAGACUAUUGCUCAGUUAUGAUCCCAGGAUAAGGCCUAAUUUCAAAGGAAUUCCAGUCGAUGUUGCAGUCAACAUCUUCAUUAAUAGCUUUGGGUCAAUUCAAGAGACAACUAUGGAUUAUAGAGUCAACAUCUUUCUAAGACAGAAGUGGAAUGACCCCAGGCUCAAACUUCCUAAUGACUGGAGAGGUUCAGAUACUCUGACAGUGGACCCAACUAUGUUUAAAUGUCUUUGGAAACCAGACUUAUUCUUUGCAAAUGAAAAAAAUGCUAACUUCCAUGAUGUCACACAAGAAAAUAUUCUUCUUUUUAUAUUCCGGGAUGGAGAUGUCCUAGUCAGCAUGAGAUUGUCUAUUACACUGUCAUGCCCUUUGGACUUGACCUUAUUUCCUAUGGAUACACAGCGCUGCAAGAUGCAAUUGGAAAGCUUUGGUUACACAACUGAUGACUUACGGUUUAUCUGGCAGUCUGGAGAUCCUGUCCAGCUAGAGAAAAUUGCUCUGCCUCAGUUUGAUAUUAAAAAGGAGGAUAUCGAAUAUGGUAAUUGCACCAAGUAUUAUAAAGGCACAGGUUAUUACACUUGUGUAGAAGUAAUCUUCACUUUAAGAAGACAAGUUGGAUUUUACAUGAUGGGUGUUUAUGCUCCUACACUGCUAAUUGUUGUUCUAUCCUGGCUGUCAUUUUGGAUCAAUCCUGAUGCAAGUGCUGCAAGAGUCCCACUGGGUAUUUUCUCAGUACUCAGCUUGGCAUCUGAAUGUACCACUCUUGCUGCCGAACUUCCCAAAGUGUCUUAUGUGAAGGCCUUAGAUGUCUGGCUGAUUGUUUGCCUUCUCUUUGGGUUUGCAUCUCUGGUGGAGUAUGCAGUCGUUCAGGUAAUGCUAAACAAUCCAAAGAGAAUUGAAGCUGAAAAAGCAAAGAUUGCCAAAGCAGAGCAAGCGGAAGGGAAGGGUGGAAAUGCUGCCAAGAAGAACACAGUGAAUGGCACAGGGACUCCUGUCCACAUCAGCACUUUACAGGUUGGUGAGACCAGAUGCAAAAAAGUUUGCACUUCGAAAUCUGAUUUGAGAUCCAAUGAUUUCAGCAUCGUUGGAAGCUUGCCAAGGGAUUUUGAAUUGUCGAAUUAUGACUGUUAUGGGAAGCCCAUAGAAGUCAACAAUGGGCUUGGGAAAUCUCAAGCCAAGAACAACAAGAAACCUCCUCCUCCCAAGCCUGUCAUUCCAUCAGCAGCAAAGAGAAUCGAUCUUUAUGCAAGAGCACUGUUCCCUUUUUGCUUUUUGUUCUUCAACGUCAUAUACUGGUCCAUAUAUUUAUGA